CUCGGCUACCAGUUCUUAUUUAUUACUACAACAGAAUUCAGGAAGCCACAGCACAUUCCAGCACGGGUUGUCCGGGUGUGGGACGGUAACCCCCUGCCAUUGCAAUCCCCUGAAGAAGAGUGCAGAGGAAGCAGUGGAGGUGCCCAGGAGCAGCCAGGCCUGCUGAGCACUCACUGGGAGGCAGAGGCUGUGCUCGUUCUCCAGGGGGCAGCUCCCAGGCCAUAAAGGUGGGGGGGGAGUGCUGGUGUUACCUGGGGGCAAUGGGGCUGCAGGGCAUCAUGCAGCCCCCCCAUGCAUGGGAGGCAACGUGAGGGGCAGCCAGGGAGGAUGUCCAGCGCUCACGGAAUCCCCCACUGCCACUCUCGAGCUGCCACGGCAGGUAAGGCAGCAGGCUCCUCCUGCUCCUGGCACUGCAGCCCUCCAGGGGGUCCCAGUGCCCCACAUCUCACCCCGGCGCCCAUUUGGGAAUUUCCCCACAGAGAGAAUCCCUUCAUCGCUGACGGUGCUUCCGACACCCGACGCAACUUUAUUUGGAUCUUUGUGCCCCCACCGGCCACUGCUGCGAUGCAGACCACCAUUGGCGGAGCAGUGCCCGUAUCCUUCCAGUCCGUCCCUGCCCCCAAUGUCACCUCCAUGGUGCCUCAGGCCUCUGUCCAGCCGGGGGUACCGGGUGUGCAGGGACAGGGAGCGCAGCUGCCACUUGGGGGUAUGCCUCUAACUGUGGUUCAGCUGCCAGCUGGGGCAAUGCCCGAAACUGUGGGUCUGAUCCCACCUCAGGAGGUGCCCCCAAUUGUGGUUCAGCUCACACCUGAGGGGCUGUACACAAUUGUGGGUCAUCUGCCACCCGGGGAGAGGCAGUUACCCCUCCUCCAGCUCCUACCCGGCGGGAUGAAGCCGGGUAUGCCUCCCCCCAAUGCCCCUGCCCACUGCUGGCAACAUCCCCGGCUGGCAGGGAAGUGGCAGCGGCAGCGCCAGCAGCCGAUGGGGCUGCGGCCCGGGGCCGUGUGCCGUGGGAAGCCCCCGCAGCCCGCAGGCAGCUGCCCGCUGCAGGCCCCCGGCCGCCCCGGCCCCGGCCCCUCCACAGUCCUCCGAGCACCUCCAGUGCAGCUGCGGGUGCUCCCCGGGCCCUGCACCCUGCCCGCCAGCUGGGAGCAGGCGACGGGGCCCUUUGCAGAUGCCGUGGCGCACACCCAGGAGCAGCGGCACCCAGCGCCCACCAACGUGUGCCCCCAUCCCGCCACGGCUCCGCUCGGCUGCAGCAGCGCAGCGCUGGAAUCAGGAGGUGAGUUUGGGGGCUGCGCAGCGGGCGGCAGGCUGUCCGCACCGGGUGGCUGUGGGAAAGCAGUGACCUGUUGUGGAGGCAGCCAGCAUGCUCUGGGCAGUUCUCAGAGUUGCUGCCCUGCGGGCCUUUCCUGCUGUCCCCCAGAACACCACCAGAGCUGCCCAUGCCGACCCCCCUGGAUGCGCUGGCACAUGUAGAGGCCGCUGGUGCCAAUUCUGUCUGUCUGCUGCUUUGUUUCGGGCUGUGUGUCUGCAUGUGAUGAGCAUUUGCAGGCAGCAUACCGGGUUUUGACAGCUUCAGUGAGGCGCCUGCAGAGACAGGAAGUGCUGAGGGACUGGGAGAGCCCCCCACUCUCCUUCCUCCCGGCACCACACAGAGCAGCGUUGGAAUAAAGAGUGUGGUGGGAUGGGGAUGGGGGAGCAACUCACUGAUGUUUCUUUCUCCACCACCAGAUGCAAAUGCAACACACAGUUAUUAGCAGCACAACAACAGAACCUGUAACGGUCAGGCACAGAGCUCUGUGCACGGCCUUUACCUGGAGCACCAGCUGCUUGCACGUCCUCUGUGCCUUCACGGGAGAUGGGCAGUGUGCAGCUGCUGUCCUCCUCAAACACAGCCCCGUCCACAGGCUCUCCAUUGAUCUCUUGAGAAAGAAGGUAGCAGAGUGGGACUGUAAAGAUCUGCUCUUGCCACGAGGAUGACAUCCUCAAGAGGCUUUACUUCUCCAAAGACAUCAGAAUUUUCUGCAUCUCUACACGGAACGUCAGUUUCCCAAGUCUUCUGGUGCACAGACAGUAAUAUACCCACCAGGCACUUCGUUGUCCCCUGUCAUUGCCUUGAGAACAUGAGAAAACUGCAGCAAAUCUCUUCCUCGUCCCGCUUUCCCUGUCUCGCAGGACCUGAACAGAACGUAGCAGGACACGUUU